CUCUACCAGACUGAUAACUAUGCCUUCUACGGCUAUGGCUGCAAGAUGGUCACCAUCCUUUUUGUUAAGUUGUUUUGUUUUGCUAAACGUAUGCUUCCCUUUACUUGGACAGCCUGCUGUGGAGAAGAAACUCAAACUUGUGAUCAUGGUGUUCCGCCAUGGAGACAGAAGUCCAAUUCAAACUUAUCCUAAUGACAAGUAUAAGGAAGAUUCUUGGCCUGAUGGGUUUGGACAACUUACACAGCUUGGAAUGGAUCAACAUUUUGAACUGGGGAAAUACCUGAGAAAGAGAUAUUCUGGACUUCUAAAUGAAACAUACAACAAAAAUGAAGUUUUUGUAAGAAGCACAGAUGUGGAUCGUACAUUAAUGAGUGCCCAGGCUAAUCUUGUUGGUUUGUUCCCACCCACCGGUAGGCAAGUCUGGAACCCUAACAUUAAAUGGCAACCAAUACCCGUUCACACAAUGUCUCAGUCAAAUGAUAUGCUUCUCAUAGCCAAGGAGAACUGUCCCCGCUUUGCAGAACUUGUAAAUGAAACUAGCACAUCAGAAAUAUUUAAUGAACUUAAAAAGCCUUAUGUGGACUUUCUGAAAACUUUACCAAAUCAUACUGGCUACUCAUUUGACCAAUUAAUUGGAUCGAAAGGACCCUAUAUGUGGUGGACAAUCUAUGAUGCUCUGUUUUGUGAGAAAAUUCACAAUUACACUUUGCCUGACUGGGCGACAACCACUGUCAUAGAAAAACUCCUUGGUCUGCAAGAAUUAUCCAUAGCCGCUUACUUUGGCCUAUACAAACAACAGGAAAAAACGAAACUCACUGGAGGUGUUCUUGUGAAAGCCAUUAUUGAAAAUAUUACACAAGCUCUUGCACCAUCCAGCAAACAAAAGAUGAUAAUGUAUUCCGCACAUGAUAUGACUGUAGCUGCUCUGCAAUCUGCUCUAAAUGUCUCCAAUGGAAAGUUACCUCCUUAUGCCUCUUGUCAUUUGUUUGAGAUUUACGAGGUUGGCAAUGACUAUACCAUUGAAAUGUACUAUAGGAAUGACUCUUCAGUGGAGCCAUACAAGAUUACUUUACCAGGAUGUUCCCAGUCUUGUCCUUUGGAGAAGUUUACUGACUUAACAUCAUCAAUUAUUGCAAAAGAUUGGAGAAAGGAAUGUGGAUUUGAGGAUAAAAACUCAGACAAGGUUUUCGGAUUGACCAUUGCUGUGAUUGUCCUGGGUCUCACAUUAUUUGUUCUUGCAGUCAUGUUAAUUUUCUGUAGGAAACGAUUGCUGGGAGCCAGUUAUGAGGCAGUGUGAUGAAAUGACUG